AAUUUUAUUUAUUAUGGCUAAUUGGCUAUAACUUCUACUUUAUUCUCUCUAUCUUUAUCUUUUGUCUAUAAAUAUUGCUCAAUCUCAGCUAUAUCUAUUACAACUUCAUUUGCAAUUGUCACCAAACAAUUAUUCCUUGGCUCUCUCAAGCAAGCUUUAAUUGCAAUGAAGCAGAAAGUAGUGUUAAAGGUGGAUUUACAUGACGAUAGGAUGAAGAAAAAAGCUAUGAAGAUAGCAUCUGGCGUUACAGGUGUUGAAUUAGUUUCUGUUAAAGUGAAAGACAAAAAAAUGAUUUUAUUGGGGGACAUUGAUCCGGUGAGUGUAGUGUCCAAGCUACGAAAGUGGUGUCAUACUGAAAUAGUUUCAGUUGGACCAGCAACAGUGGACAACAAGAAGGUUGAGCCAGAAAAAGAGGACAAGAAGAUCGAGUCACCAAAAGUAACUUUUCCUCUCGAGCUGAUCUCUGAAGGCUAUCCCCUUUAUAAUCAGAUGACACCACCUAAGUAUAGUUAUCAACAUUACUAUGGUACAAGUUUCGAAGAGGAUCAUAAUGGCUGUGUCAUCUGCUAAAUUUGUGAAUUUUUAGAAUGUGUUUGAUCAAAAGACAUCCUAGUCAUUUUGUUGUUUUUGUUUUGUAUUUUCCAUGAUCUAGUAUAUUGAAGACCACACACACACAUAUAUAUAUAUAUAUGUGUGUGUGUAUAUAGUGGGUCCAAGGGAGUGAAUAUGCUUAAUUUACUGCAUGUAGUGUGGUGCAUGAUUAAUUGACUUUGACAUUUUGUUGGUUUUGUUUGUAUUUUUCAUGUUCUAGUAGAUGGAAGACUAUAGUGUGUACAAUGGAGUAAAUAUGGUGUUCUGUGAGUUUGACUUUAUCAUUUUGUUGGUUUUGUUUGUAUUUUUCGUAUGCUCUAGUAGAUUGAAGACUAUAUAUAUAAAGUGUGUCCAAGUGUUAGCCCAUAUUUUCGACGAGCUAAAAUAUGUUCUAAGUAUGCAUUGGAUGUCGUCUCGAGGUUCGGAGCGUAUUACAGAGCAAGAGUCUGGCCAGGACCUGCUCGAAUCGAAAAGAGAGGAGAGUCUUUAAGAAGGAAUUCCCAGGUUCAAAGGAGUAUUUACGAAGUACAAAGCUAAGACAAGAAAGAGGACUUCGAGUUAUUGGGCAAUUCGAACUGGUGUAUGGACGAGUCGAAGUCGAGGCAGCAAGAGUUUUGGACUUAGCAUAAUUUCUGAACAAAUCUUCACUAAACCAGUUCGACUUCGAGCAAGAUGGAUAACCGUUCUAAGGAGCAGUUAUGUGCAUGUAAGAUGUACGUGGCAGGACACUUGGCAUUCGGAUAAUGUUCGACCGUUAGGGCAGUUUAUUUUCGAAUGUCUAUAUAUAGCAGUUUUAGUUAGUUUUUGAGGGUCGCAAAUCAUUUCUACAGAAUCCUUAUACACUCAAAGUAUCCAGCGCAGAGAGAAACGAGUACACAAGGAGAAUGUAUGUUUGUUUGUGAACCAUUUUAAGUUUUUGUAAACUUUAC